CCCUAGCUAGCUAGCACGUUUGGUGACUGUAGUGACGUUGUGCUAGCUAAUUGCUAACAAUCUGGAUUUAAGAAACAAAGACUACAAAGAUAACAUAAUUUUGGGGAUGCUGGUCUGCUGUGAGUCGUAACAACCUAUGUUUCGAGUAAAUACCUGUCGGCCCGUCAGAAUGUUGAACGGGCUUAAAGUUGUUGGCUGAUUCUCCUGAAUUAGUAGCUAAAGGGCCUUGAGUCCGCGAUACUUGGGUGAACGACAACCCGGGAACACCGUGGUCAGAGAGGGAGCAUCAAGCCACAGGCUAGCUGGUAAUAUUCACUGCACCAAAACCUCUCCUGAACAUGUCACACACCGGACCCCCUCCUCGAUGGCGGAAUUGCCCCAGAAGAGGACAACCUGUGGCAGGUAAAUUCCUGCCAAUGAAAACAAUGUUGGGUCCCAGAUAUGAUGACCAAGUUGCAGAGGAGAACAGGUUUCAUCCGAGCAUGCUGUCCGACUUUUUAAAAAGUCUAAAAGUGAAAAUGGGUUUGCUUGUGGAUUUGACAAACACUACUCGCUUUUAUGACCGCAACGACAUUGAAAAAGACGGCGUAAAUUAUGUGAAGCUUCAGUGUAAAGGCCACGGAGAAUGCCCUUCAAAAGACACGACUGCAAUGUUCAUCAGGCUCUGUGAAAAUUUCAUUGAGAAGAAUCCCACAGAAUUGAUAGGUGUUCACUGCACGCAUGGCUUCAACCGGACAGGCUUUCUGAUAUGUGCAUACCUGGUGGAGAAGAUGGACUGGAGCGUCGAGGCAGCUGUGGCUGCUUUCGGCCAGGCCCGGGCCCCAGGGAUCUACAAGGGAGACUACCUCAAAGAGCUUUUCCGUCGCUAUGGUGACGAGGAGGACACGCCCCCUGCCCCCGCACUCCCUGAGUGGUGCUUCGAUGAGGACGACGGGGAAGUGGACGAUGACGGUAACGCUGUUGGCCAGGAGUCGGGCCCCAGCUCGUCUGGGUCAACGCCUGGCAAACGAAAGAAAGAAAAGCUAAAACUGGGUGCAGUAUUCCUUGAAGGCAUCACAGUGAAAGGCGUCACACAGGUCACCACACAACCCAAACUAGGAGAGAUCCAAAGAAAGUGUCAGGAGAUGGCCGAGUGGGACAAGUCUGGUUUUCCUGGCGCUCAGCCUGUGUCCAUGGAUAGGCAAAACCUUCGUUUCCUGGAACAGAAUCCAUACAAAGUCAGCUGGAAAGCCGAUGGCACACGGUACAUGAUGUUGAUCAACGGAAAAAAUGAAGUGUUCAUGAUCGACAGAGACAACACGAUCUUCCACAUAGCGAACCUAGAGUUUCCUUUCCGGAAGGAUCCACGUGUCCACUUAUCAAAUACUCUAUUGGAUGGGGAGAUGAUCAUUGACAAGGUGAAUGGUCACCCCGUCCCUCGCUAUUUGAUAUACGACAUCAUCAAAUUCAAUGGACAGCCUGUUGGCCAGUGUGAUUUCAAUAUCCGGCUGUUAUGCAUUGAAAAGGAGAUCAUUUCUCCCCGGAUGGAAAAGAUGAAGACUGGACAGAUUGACAAAACCAAGGAACCCUUCAGUGUCCGAAAUAAGCCCUUCUUUGACAUUCAUGCAUCACGCAAGCUACUGGAGGGCAGCUUCACGUCCCAGGUCAGCCACGAAGUCGACGGGCUUAUCUUCCAGCCAUGCGGGAGAUACAAGGCCGGAAGGUGUGAUGACAUCCUCAAGUGGAAGCCCCCCAAUCUCAACUCUGUGGACUUUCGCCUCAAGAUCACCAAAGUCGGAGGAGAAGGGCUGCUUCCACAGACUGUCGGCUUGCUCUACGUCGGCAACUAUGACAGGCCCUUUGCAAAGAUGAAGGCCACUAAAGAGCUGAAACAGUACGACAACAAGAUCAUCGAGUGCACAUUUGCCAGUAACAGCUGGGUGUUCAUGAGGCAGAGGGUGGACAAGAGCUUCCCCAACUCCUACGACACAGCGAUGGCUGUGUGUAAAAGCAUCCAGGAGCCCGUCACAAAGGAAAUCCUCUUGGAGUACGUGGACCGCUGUGCUCAGGCAGUCCAGAACCGGAAACACCCGGCAGACCCAGACUCUGAGCUAAUGCCCCCUCCUCCUCCAAAAAGACCCAACCGCACCAUCCCGUAGCCCACAGCUGGACUUUCCAGACUGCUCUACAGUCGCAGUGUACAUCUACAUCACCAGCCACAUCAACCCCCCCCCCCGAAAACAGACAUUUCCAGGCUUUCUUACCCUCAGCACAUUUGCUUAUCAGCCUGUACAUGUAAGGACUUCAGAAACUUAAAUUGACUGCCUCAACGUAAUUAAUUUACCUUGUAGACUUCUUUGUAGCUUUAAUUGCUGGUGUUCUUAUUAAAAUGAAAAACAUGA